AUGGCCGGCGAGAAAUGCAAGCAUUAUCAGAUUGAGACCAGAGCCACCACCAGCUUCCUACCGAACCACAGCCAGACCGAAGCCGGGGUCAUGACCCAGGCAGGUAUCGAGAAGUCUCCACGCAAGAAGAGACUCACAGCUUUGGCUUCGAAACUUUCGACGUGGAAGUUGAGAAUGUAG